AUGUUUUCUUGGGGAGAUUUUGCACGGCAAGCCCAGGAACGUCGGAUUGCGCAGCUUUCGGACGAUAAUGCGUUUGUCGACGUUAAAGCAGUUCUCUCCUCUUCCUCAGCGGCGACAUCCGCUGCCACGGCUAAAGACGCUGAAAAUGCGCUCAAUGAUGGUGCUAAUAAGGUUUCUCAUCGUAAUCGUGAUGAGGAGGCAAUGGAUCUCGAAAGACGAUUCUUUGAAAGUGAAUCAACAGGUGGAUCAGCGUCCCUAACAAACACCACAGACAAUACUGCAUCAUGUUCAUUGCGCGUUGAUCGCCUCAGGGGAGGCGAGUUUGGGGCUAAUGGGCGUUUGAAUUUAACCCAGUGUUUCAUUCAACAGCACAAAGAUUACACAGAGGCGCUGGCGCGGGCCUGGAAGGAGGCAAAUGAGAACGACACGGCCAGUGCUGAUGAAGACUACGAGGGGGAGAAUUUUCACACCAAAGAGGCAUCACACGACUCAAAAGUGAGUGAAACACACGAGGAGGAAAUCAAAGCAGUGGGUCGGCGUCAAGUAAAACACAUGAGGACGAGUAAAAAGAUGAAUAACAAAAAACGACAGCAGACACAUCCUCACGCUACGCCAACAAAAGGGCAACCACAGAGGCGGUACCUUAAGCAAAGUGAGGUCCGUUUGUGGUGCCCAACAAAAGCGGAGGACGUGGAGACGGAGCUUUCUGAGGAAGUGCGACUUUUGCAUGCGUGGUACACUGAAAUGAACCAGCUUGGGAAUAGCAAGGAUGAUAGUGAGGAUGAGUACGACACCGCAAGCGACAACGUAGCUGACACCUCCAAAAAUGACGGCCAACCAGCCAAGAGACCUAAAACCCACGGAACGGGAUCGAGGGAGGACAAAGCACGCAAAGGCAAGGGUGAAUACGAGCAGCCGCAUUCCGUGGCGCCGUCCGUAUUGCGUUUCCUGACCGGCUGUCCCAGCUAUACCGCGAUGACGUCGCCUUCGCCGUUGAGUAUGUCCUCCUCGGAGUCAAAGGGGUGGGUGAAGGAGGUCCCUGGUUGCCAUACACACCAUUUGUGCAGCGUGUGCUUACUCCCGGCGGUGUACCGAUGCGCUCGAUGUCGAAGUGCACUUUUUUGCUCGAUCAAAUGCCACGUCGCGCAUGAGGCCACUCGAUGCAUGAAGUACACUGUGUAG